ACAAGAAGAAAGAGGGACAGAAAGGACGGGUGGAUCUGUGAUGACUUUCACUUCAGGGACAACACCAUCCAACCUUCCUGGAGAGAGAUUGUAAGGAUAAAGCAGAGAAAAAGAGAGAAAGAGCCGGGAACAUCAGCACACCAUCCUGGAAUUCCUGGAGCUGGAUUUGUGCCCAAAAGACACGCUCUCCGUCUUAAAGACUACAUUCGCAUCUCCUGAGUGAAUAGCAGCACUCGCAGCACAAAGACGCAUCUCAGACAGCCAUGACCGUCAUCACUUUGAAGCGCUUUCUUCUGGCCCUGCUGACCAUCACCCUGUCCAGACCCGACUCUGCUUCGCUUGGGUUCGCCGAGGAGUUCGAAAGCAGAGACGACAUACUCGAAAGCGAGUUCAUGUUCGCCAGUCGUCCCAAACGCUCCGCCGACCCUCCCAGCGCCUCGGACCCUGACAAAUGCUCCUACACCUUCAUCGUUCCUCAGCGCAAAACCACGGGCGCCAUCUGCGUGAACUCUAAAGAGCCGGAAGCCCUGCUGGAGAACCGCGUGAACAAGCAGGAGCUGGAGCUGCUGAACGGAGAGCUGCACAAGCAGCGGCGGCAGAUCGAGACGCUUCAGCAGCUGGUGGAGGUGGACGGCGGCGUGGUCACCGAGGUCAAGCUGCUUCGCAAGGAGUCGCGCAACAUGAACGCCCGGGUCACGCAGCUCUACAUGCAGCUGCUGCACGAGAUCAUCCGCAAGAGAGACAAUGCGCUCGAGGUUUCUCAGCUGGAGAACCGCGUGUUGAAUCACACGUCAGAGAUGCAGCAGUUAACCACACGUUACCGGGAUCUAGAGCACAAAUACCAGCACCUUGCAUCGCUUGCGAGCAAUCAAAGCGCGCUUAUAGUACAGCUAGAAGAGCAAUGCAGGAGAGGAGGCUUUGUUGGUGGAGGUUUUGGUGUUGGUGGAAGUGCAGCUGGUGUUGUACGACAAACUCGACCUUACCAGCCACCUGCAAUCCUCCCGCAGCCUCCACAACAUCGCCAACCACCUCCACCUCCGGUCCCACAUUCCCCCGCCAGGCCUUUCCACCCACCGACCUACACCCGCCACAACAACCAGCUCACCAAUGAAAUCCAGAGCGACCAAAACAUCAAAGCAAUGCCACCGACUUUACCAACGGUGCCCCCUGAAACACACAGCUCCUCCACAGAUAAACCCUCAGGGCCGUUCAAAGACUGUUUACAGGCUCUAGAGGAAGGACAAGCCAAAAGCGGCAUGUUUCUGGUGAAGCCGGAGAACACCAACAAACUGAUGCAGGUCUGGUGUGACCAGAGACACGACCCCGGCGGCUGGACCGUCAUACAGCGACGCAUGGACGGAUCGGUCAACUUCUUCCGAAACUGGGAGACGUACAAGCAAGGAUUUGGGAACAUCGAUGGUGAAUACUGGCUUGGUUUGGAGAACAUCUACUGGCUGACCAGCCAGGGCAACUACAAGCUGCUGGUGACGCUGGAGGACUGGUCCGGCAGGAAGACGUUCGCAGAAUACGCCAGUUUCCGGGUGGAGCCGGAGGCAGAUUUCUACAGGCUGCGGGUGGGCCGUUACCAUGGCAACGCCGGGGAUUCCCUCACCUGGCACAAUGGGAAACAGUUCACCACCCUGGACAGAGAUCACGACGUGUACACAGGAAACUGUGCUCACUAUCAAAAGGGAGGUUGGUGGUACAACGCCUGCGCCCACUCCAACCUGAACGGCGUGUGGUACCGCGGUGGACAUUACCGCAGCCGAUACCAGGAUGGAGUUUACUGGGCCGAGUUCCGCGGAGGAUCGUAUUCUCUGAAGAAGGUCACUAUGAUGAUCCGGCCCAAUCCCAACACUUUCCAUUAGAACAUCAUGUGAAGGAAAACGCAAGUCUAAUGCGUUAACGCUAAAAACAUUGUAAGAAGUGCAAUUAUUUUUGUUAAUUAUUGAUUGUUUACUUUGUUUAGGAGUCUUA